AUGAGUGUAGACUGCGAAAUUGCGAGACAGGACCUUAGCAAUCUUCCGCCGAAAAGCACCGCGGUGCUUGCACGCGAGUCUCAGGGAGGUGGCCCAAGCACUAUUCAGCCCGAUACAAAAAAAAUUGACCCUUUGUUGAUGUCCAAAUUACGCGACCCAUCUUGUUCGCUUAAUAUCGUUUUGGCAAAAAAUAAGCUGCUAGGCACUGCUUCCGAUGAAAGGCUUACAGGUUUGUAUGAUGUCGCCAAAGAGCUCUUCGAGUUGAGCUACCACAAGAUUCAAAAGAAACACUACCUUGCGUUUCUCGCGGGAGGUCUCAGAGACCAGGGGGAACCAGAGACCGAUAUCAACAUUCUUCGAUGUUUCUACAUGAGCCUGUUCACAUGGAACACAGACCUACUGAGCUCCUUGCGCCUCUUGUGCCGAAAAUUAUUUUUUAAAGGUGAAUCGCAAUUCAUUGACAAGGUCCUUCAAUCUUUUGCUGAAAGUUGGUUUUACAGUGCGAGCAGUGGUAAGCCGAAAAAACUAUACGGGGACUCAAAUGGAGUGUACUUGACUGCCUACUCCCUAAUCUUGUUAAACACCGAUCUUCAUACGGAGGAAAUUGCAAAAAUGCAAAAGAUCAGCCGCUCCAAAUUUGUCAAAAAUACCUUCGAGGCAUUACAGCAAAAUCAGGUUCCGAUUGAAGACAUUGAUGGGUUACGCCAUGAGCUCAAGAAGUUCUACGACAACAUUUCAGAACAGAAGCUGAGCUUAUUCGAGUCUACUUAUUUGCACUCCAGAACCAACUCCAUUGCCUCCCAUGAUACAGAACUCACAACAAUUCAACACAGAUCAUCACAAAGUGAUCAGACUUCGUCCUAUAUUUCCGAUACAGACAAAUCGACUCCAGCAAGCUCAGUGAAUGCCACAAAGUCAUUCGGUUUUGCAAAAUUGAUCAUGAUGGAGAACAAUUUGAGAAUUCAGACAGAUAACAACAAUAAGCUUUCACUUGGUCCCAACUCGCCGCGUUUGGAUGAGAUAUCUGAACCUCUUCAGGACCUCGAAGGACUCGAGUCUGGUCUGCCAGACAAUCAUAACUUUGAAAAAGAAGGCGACCUACACUCAGAGCUUGUAGGGCCACCUUGGACUAAGGAAGGUAUCCAAAAUGUUGUUCUGCCUGUAAAAGCUCCUCAUAAUUUUACUGGUAUGCUUUCUUUGUCGGCACUCAAACCUGAUUGGCAAAGCCUUUUCGUCGUCGUGUUCGAAGGUGAGCUAAAGCUUUUCAGAUUUGAUCAGUCUGGCUCAAAUGCUGAAAACUUUGGUGAUGGUCAAUGGUGGAAGUUUGCAACUUGUGUGGACACAGUCAACCUCUGCUCUUGUUUUGCCCAAGUUGUUGACAAAAAAUCCCGUGCUUAUUUUUCAGUGAUCAAACGGCACGGAAAUGCUCGCAAAAGAACCGGACUUGAAACUUACUGGACUUUAAACAUUCCUAUGCCAGAUAUAAUGACAGGUGCUGAUCACCUCAACGGUUAUUAUAGUGCUCACUUCUGCGCUGGAACCCCGGAGACUGCCCAGGAAUUUGUUGAUACAUGCAAUUUUUGGGCAGGAAGGUCGUCUGCUAUCCCUCCAUCAGAGACUCUGUCGUCCUUGGAUUUCGGUUGGUCAGAGAAGACUGUGUCAGUGUUGAGGGCAAACAAUGUACGCGAAAGUGAAAAACAUCUCUCUAGAUUCAAGGUUGCGAGCUGGAUUCCCAUCACUAAUGGUCUUGUGUCCACCCACCAUGACAUGUCCGAACAAUUUGCUAAGGUUAACACCCAUUAUAGUGAACUACGCUUGGCUUUGGAAAAACACAAAGAAAUGGAGAAGUUAAUUCCGCAGUUGGAUCUGAUGACUGCCAGAAACGUCGGGGCAAUCAAGAUAUUGUCUAAAGUUUUCCACGGGUCAGAUAAGGUGGAUAAGCAUUUGGUGGUAAGAAAUGUAAAUGUGAUGAGGGUCAAUUACGUGAACAGACUCAAUCACCUUGAUAGAGAGCUUCUCAGGUUCAAAUGUUAUGCCGACAUCCUCGAGAAAGCCAUCAGACUUCGAAACAAGGGGCCUGAUGACCAAAUUGUAUAA